GCGCCGUUCGCGGGUGCGGCCGCCGGGGCCGCGCUGCCCGCGGGGGGAGCGCCGGGGGAGCCGCCCCAGCGCCUGCGGCCGGGCCCGGGGCUGGGGCCGUGGCUCGGUGCGGCGGUAAUGCCCCUAAAGACCCUCAGGCCCCACUGAAGGCCCCUUGCGCUGCACAGAAUCCCCGAGUCAUUAUGGUGGGAAGGGAGCUCUGAGAUCACCCGGCCCAACCCUCCUGCCCAGGCAGGGCCACCCCGAGUAGGUGGCACCGGAGCGCGUCUAGGUUGCAGUUCAUAGAGAGCUGUUGCUGUACAGUUGAGAGGGAAGAAAUUGUCACGUUCUUGUUCACCACUAUAUGGUGUCCACCAUGAUACGGACAGGCACAGGGUUUGGAGACGCUGGCAUGCCGGUGCGUGCUGAUGCUGUGAUGGCGCUGCUCAGCCACGUUGCCACGGUGAAGGGCAUGCAAGCUGCUGUCACCCAUUCUGGCCGGGGAGCCAUGCUGACAGGUGCCUCAGCAUUUGUGGGGGGGAUGCUGGGAGGCCCUCCUGGAAUCGCUGUAGGAGGAGCAGUGGGUGGAUUGCUUGGAUGGAUGACUUCUGGACAGUUCAAGUCAGUCCCUCAGGUUUUAAUGGAAUUGCCUGCUGCUGAGAAGGAGAAGCUCUGUACUGAAGCCAUGGCUAUUGUCAAGAACUUAGACUGGACUGAUGCUGCUCAGCUGAUUGCUCUUGUAAUGUCAAAUGCUGCUCUCAAGGAGAAGGUGUUAGUAGUGCUGACCACUUACCUUACCAAUGAGUUAAAAGCACAACUAAAAUAUGUAGAAUAAUCCUUUCCAGAGCAGGAUUUUUAUGCUGGAAUACAUUUUACUCCCUUCGUUGUGAAUCUUCAACACAACAAUUACUAGUUAUCAGUACUAAUUAUAAAUAUAUGCUGAUCUGAGUUUGGGGUGUUCAGUUUUGGUGUUUGGGGGUUUUAAAAUUUUUAUCAUUUAUUGUUAAAAUAUUUUAUUUGUGUAGAUUUGUAAGGAUAGUAUUAGAUUACUGCAUUAUCCUGACACUAACUUGCUAUGAAAUUCUGGAUUGCUCUGCACUAGGACUAAUUGAAAUUGCUGAAGGGAAUCAUGCUGCUCUUAGGCUAAUGUGUCACUUGUGAAAGUUUUCAAUGUUGUUUUGUUUUAUUUAGGAGACUUAUACUGUUUAAGUGCUUUAAUUUUUUUUCCCCUGGGAAUGACAUGUAAGGUGCCAAAGUACCUGGGGCACUUUGAAGAAUUUUACCUGAUGUUUGUUUCAGCCCUGCAAAAGAAUGUUUUAUAAGGAAGUACACUACUGUGAACUCAAAAAACUCAAUCUGUACUUUGUUUGUCACUUUUCUAUUGUAAUUCUUGAGUUAUCUUUUUAUGUAAGAAAUGAAGCAACUACUUAAACAAGAUUUCAAGUAACAGAAAACAAACUGUGAACACUGUCAAUUCCAUUUUCACCAGGCUCCUGUGCCCUAGGAUUGACUGUGAACACUGUCAAUUCCAUUUUCACCAGGCUCCUGUGCCCUAGGAUGGGAGGGUGUGGCAUUAAAAACUGGGGUGUUUUAUAUGAGCCCCAGGAUGAAGGUUGUCAUUUGAGCAUUGGUUUGUGGACUGGGUCUGUACAGCUGGGCCUCUGUUUUCAUUAAAAUCUUAAUAAGAA